AUGAUGUUCGCCGGUAUCAGAGGGUGGAGGCUGUCAACAGGUGUUGGAGUGGGACUGGCUGCCGCCGUUGGAUCUUGGGCACCCAUCAUCAACUCCAUUGGCCCGUCAGGCGUUUCUGACAUCGUUAUCACCAUUAUUGUCCUAGGUUUUUCCAUCGCCGGGUUCGUGUUUGGUGUCAUACCCUUUGGCCGUCUCGUAGGUAUCUUCUGCCUGGGCUUCACAGGCGGUUUGGCCUUUGGUGUCCGGAUCAUGAUCCUCCGCCCGGGAUUGCUCUUCAAUGGCAGUGGGUUGUACGUGACGAACUGGGUCCUCAUCGUCCUGUUCGGUGCGAUGGGUGCAAUGAGCAUGAUUUGGGGCCGGUCGCAACGCGCGGGCUUGCUCUUCUCCUGUGCCUCGGUCGGCACGUUCCUCACGUUCCUAGGCGCGGACCUCAUCAUCCACAAGCAGGCGGGCUUCUCGCGUGGCUUGCGAUUCCUCUUCGACAGGAACGCGUCGCAUUUCCUGGACAUUGUUGGUGGUGGGUACGACCCACCUGGCGCUACGCUCCUCCUCAUCGGUAUUUCCCUCGGCGCGACCCCAAUUUUCGCCGUCGGACAGCACUUUGUCUUCAAGCAUCCUUUCGAUCGGACAAAGGAGAAAAACGACAUUGUUGGCGGGUCAGAGGAGGCUGAGAUCUCGGAGAAGGGCAAUUCUGCACCACCCGGUAGUGCAAGACAACGGCCUCAAGCAGGACUAGGAACUGGACCAAGAUCGACACCAGCUUGGGGUAGAGGGGUUCCAAUGAGUGGCGUGUUUGGUAGUGCCCAACGGACGGCAUCGGGUCUUUGGGAUUCGUGGAGACGGAAGCAGUAG